UUGUGUGGUUGACCAGCGACGGCACCGCCGUCCACACAUGCCCACGGGCUCACGGUUGUGCCGUGACACGACGAACCUCUGUUCCUUUCCACGGCGGUGGUGCCCGCUCACUCCGGCCGCCUCCGCCAUGUACGCCCUGGCGCCGCCGCCUCGCGCGCCCACGGGAUCGCCCGCCGUGGAGGCGUACUCCGUUCGCCCACACAUCCUCCACCGACUCCAACGCGGGACCAGCCGUCGCCGAGGCGGCGACCUGCGCUGCCGCCGGCGCCUCCUCACCGCGCGGGGCGAGCGCCCGUCUCCCGAUGACGAGGACGAGGACGAGCAGGAGCCGGCCGGGUUCGACGCGGCGGUGGCGCUGUUCAACGGCGGGGAGUACUACGCGUGCCACGACGUGGUGGAGGAGCUCUGGUACAGCGCCGAGGACCCCGCGCGGACGCUCCUCCACGGCGUCCUCCAGUGCGCCGUCGGCUUCCACCACCUCUUCGACCGGAACCACCGCGGCGCCAUGAUGGAGCUCGGGGAGGGCCUCUGCAAGCUCCGCCGCCUGCGCCUCGAGGACGACGACGAAGGCCCAUUCUCUCGCUUCCGGGACGAGGUCGCCGCCGUGCUCAGCUUCCUCUACCGCACCCAGAAGGAGCUCGCCGCAUGCACCGACGAGCUGUGCUUGGCCAUGGACGGCUCCGCGACCUCGUACCAGCUGCUCGGCGACUUCGCCGCCGGGCAGCGCCUGUACCGGCUGGGAGCCGACGCCAACGGCGUCCCGAGCAUCGUCUUCUCCGGCGGCGCGUCCAGCGACCAGAGUACCCCGCAGGCCGCCGCGGCAAUCGUUCCUCCGUGCACGGUCAAACUCCCGGCGCUGCAUGCCACGGAGCAGCAUCUCAUGGCGUUGCAGCGCGCGCACGAAUACUAGUGGCGAGUCAGAGGCAGGAGAUUGACUCCACGGCAACAUGUACACGAAUCAGUUCCACGAAAAUUUGUAUACACAAAAUCCAUACUAGCUUAAUGUAGCCACGAAUCAGUUCGACCAGAAUUUGUAUAGACAAAAUCGAUAGCUUAAUAUAGUGAUUUCUCUCUGGAAUC